AUGGCAAUGCCUAAAGAGGUCGUCUUAAGAACUUUACAAGACUUGAGAGCUGAGGACUUUGAAACAUUCCAGUGGUACCUACAGCUGAAUGGCGGCCUUGAAGAUUUCCCAGCAAUCCCAAAGAGCGAACUGGAGAAUGUAAACAGGGUGAAGACAGUGGACCUGAUGUUCUCAACCUACAGUGUGAACACCAUUAAUGUGACCAGAAUAGUUUUAGUGAAGAUGAAUCAGAAUGAGUUAGUGAAGAAUUUGUCAAAUUUAUCAAACACCAUCUCAGAACCUCCAGAUAUUCUUGCUGCAUGCCAGCGAAAAGUCAAAUCCAACUCACAAAAGAGGUUCCAGUGUGUGUUUGAGGGUAUUGCUAAAGCUGGAAACCCAUCCCUUCUGAAUAAGAUGUUCACAGAGAUCUACAUCACAGACGGUGGGGCUAAAGAGGUCAAUGAUGAACAUGAGGUCAGACAGAUUGAAACAGCAUCCUGGAGACCAGACAGACCAGAAACAACAAUCAGAUAUGAAGACAUCUUUAAAACUCCACCUGGAAGAGAUGAACCGAUAAGAACAGUGAUGACUAAGGGAGUCGCUGGCAUCGGGAAAACAGUCUUAACACAGAAGUUCACUCUGGACUGGGCUGAAGACAAAGCCAACCAGGACAUCCAGUUCACAUUUACAUUCACUUUCAGAGAGCUGAAUGUGCUGAAAGAGGAAAAGUACAGCUUAGUGGAACUUGUUCAUUACUUCUUCAGUGAAACCAAAGAAGCAGGAAUCUGCAGGUUUGAAGAGUUCCCGGUUGUGUUCAUCUUUGACGGUCUGGAUGAGUGUCGACUUCCUCUGGACUUCCUCAACACUAAAAUCCUGACUGAUGUUACGGAGUCCACCUCAGUGGGUGUGCUGCUGACAAACCUCAUCAGGGGGAAACUGCUUCCCUCUGCUCGCCUCUGGAUAACCACACGACCUGCAGCAGCCAAUCAGAUUCCUCCUGAGUGUGUUGACAUGGUGACAGAGGUCAGAGGGUUCACUGACCCACAGAAGGAGGAGUACUUCAGGAAGAGAUUCAGAGAUGAGGAGCAGGCCAACAGAAUCAUCUCCCACAUCAAGACAUCACGCAGCCUCCACAUCAUGUGCCACAUCCCAAUCUUCUGCUGGAUCACUGCUACAGUUCUGGAGAAGGUGUUAAAGACCAGAGAGGGAGAAGAACUGCCCAAGACCCUGACUGAGAUGUACAUCCACUUCCUGGUGGUUCAGUCCAAACGGAAGAAUGUCAAGUAUGAUGGAAAAUUGGAGAUGGAUCCACACUGGAGUGAAGAGAACAGGAAGAUGAUUGAGUCCCUGGGAAAACUGGCAUUUGAGCAGCUGCAGAAAGGCAACCUGAUCUUCUAUGAAUCAGACCUGACAGAGUGUGGCAUCGACAUCACAGCAGCCUCAGUGUACUCAGGAGUGUUCACGCAGAUCUUUAAAGAGGAGAGAGGACUGUACCAGGACAAGGUGUUCUGCUUUGUCCAUCUGAGUGUUCAGGAGUUUCUGGCUGCUCUUCAUGUCCUCCUGACAUUCACCAACUCUGGAGUCAACCUGCUAUUGGAGAAUUGGACAACAAGCUGGUUGUCUAAACUCUUCAGAGACAAAUCAGAACAAACAAAAUUAGCACAGUUCUACCAAAGUGCUGUGGACAAGGCCUUACAGAGUCCAAAUGGACACCUGGACUUGUUCCUCCGCCUUCUCCUGGGUCUUUCACUGGAGACCAAUCAGACUCUCCUACGAGGUCUGCUGACACAGACAGGAAGAACGUUUGAGGCAAACAAGAAUACAGUUGAGCACAUAAAGAAGAAGAUUAAUAAGAAUAUGUCUGCAGAGAGAAGCAUUAAUCUGUUCCACUGUCUGAAUGAACUGAAUGAUCAUUCUCUAGUGGAGAAGAUCCAACAGUCCCUGACAUCAGGCAGUCUCUCCACAGGUGCACUGUCUCCUGCUCAGUGGUCAGCUCUGGUCUUCAUCAUACUGUCUUCAGAGAAAGAUCUGGACAUGUUUGACCUGAAGAAAUAUUGUGCUUCAGAGAAGGCUCUUCUGAGGCUGCUGCCAGUGGUCAAAGCCUCCAGCAAAGCUCUGUUAAGUGGCUGUGAACUCUCUGAGACAAGUUGUGAAACCCUGUCGUCAGUUCUCAGCUCCCAGUCCUCCAGUCUGAGAGAGCUGGACCUGAGUAACAACGACCUGAAGGAUUCAGGAGUAAAGCUGGUGUCUCCUGGACUGAAGAGUCCACACUGCAGACUGGAAACUCUCAGUCUGUCAGGCUGUAUGAUCUCAGAGAAAGGCUGUAUUACUCUGGCCUCAGCUCUGAGCUCCAACCCCUCCCAUCUGAGGGAGCUGGACCUGAGCUAUAAUCAUCCUGGAGACUCAGGAGUGAAGCUGCUGUCAGCAGGACUUAAGGAUCCUAACUGGAGACUGGAAACUCUCAGGGACACUUGUGUGAUGACUUUCACCGAGACGUGGCUGACUGACACUGACCUUGAUUCUACUGUGGACAUUGAUGGAUUUGGGGUUCCGAUCCGCUUGGAUCGUGACCCGGAGGUGACGGGGAAGUGUCUGCCUGGAUGA